AAUGAUACUCCCUGCCUUCAAAAGGUGGUUCAUAGUGCUCCUCAAGGCCUAGCGACCAACGCCAGUCGUAAUGUCAUGCUCGAUGACCUCCAAGAGACCGUGCCUCAGGUUGCUUGGGAGUACUUCGAAGACUGUCUUCUACCUCCCUUGCCGCGCGACGUCGACAUAACGGCAGUCGUAGACGCACUUAAGAAAACUCCCGCAGUCAUAUCCCGGCAGAAUAAACUCCUGUGGGCUGCCUUUGCGAAUGGGACUCCGAAAUCGCAAACGGACCGUAGCGAGGACAAGGUUUUCUCCGCCAUAGAGAAAAUCGUCGUCGCGAGCAACAAGGCGUUCAAGAAGGUCUCCAGUCACUCCAAGAAGUUGACGGUGCGAUUCAAGUGCAGGCCUACCACUGUCCCGUCGUCAGAGUCGAGGAGUAACAGAUCCAAGCCGGAUGGUUACUUCUUACUGAACGAAGGAAGGGCCUUGGACGAGGUGCCCCCGAAAUGGCAAAAUAUUGUUGUUCCCGCUGAGUACAAGAAGGGAGACGACGUGUCAGACCUGAAUGCAAACGCCAGUCAGAUCUUAUGGUCGCUAACACACGCUAUGCGCGAGGACGCAAGACGUAGAUUCGUAUUCGGGUUCACGAUUGAGAAUACGCGUAUGCGGCUGUGGUUCGCCAGUCGCCAGGUCGUGCUAGCUUCGUAUCCCGAGAACGAUUUCACAACGGCCAUCGGGCGCGUCGCUGGAUUUUUCCUGCGCAUUCUGUAUGCGGAGCGGCAUGCACUGGGAUUCGACGAGACGAUCGUGCGACUGCCGCCUGGAGAGGGUGAGAGCGAUGUACCAUACGAGAUAGAAGUCGGCGGCAAGUGGUACCGGACGCAGCGUCUGAUCUCAGCCAUUGGGGCCGAGUCCAUCCGUGGCCGUGGCACGCGAGUGUGGGAGGUCAAGGAGUUGGAUGGGCCUGGAGGAGUGGAGAUAGGGCCGUGUAUGGUGCUCAAGGACGGUUGGCCCGACUACGAUCGCGACCGCGAAGAAGUGAUCCACGAGAAGAUCUUGGACGCUGCAGAGAGAGUGGUCAGGUCGAGACACUGAAGAAGCACAUGUUGACUGUGC